AUAGAACGAUCAUUUACAACAGCUGGGGACUUUUUCAAUUCCAGUUUCAGUUUGUGGGAAACACUCUGACCAACAACAGUUAGCUCUUGAUAAUAAAAUUGAAAUAAAAACGUGUGUGUGUUUUAAUUCCGGUGACAAGAAAUUUAAAAAAAAAAACAAAAACUAAGAAAUUAAUUGAACAAAAAGAAAUUUUUAAAAAAAAUAUAAAAGAAAAAACAAAUUAUUACAUUUAAAAAGAAGUUUAAUUUGUAACUAAAAAACAAACAAAAUGAAUGCAAUUAUAUUUAUCAUCUCACUAAUAUUGGGCUAUGUGGGUUAUUAUUUAUACAAGUCCAUUAAAAGGCCAGCAAAUUAUCCACCAGGGCCCGAUUUUAUACCAUGGGUUGGCAAUACCAUACAAUUACGCAAAGAAGCUGUAGCAGCUGGUGGACAACAUAAAGCUUUUGAGAAUUGGUCUAAACGCUACAAUUCCAAUAUAUUGGGACUUAAACUGGGCCGUGAACUGGUGGUGGUAGCCCUCUCAUAUCCCCUAGUCAAAGAUGUACAUUUGCAAGAAGUUUUCGAGGGUAGGCCCGAUACUUUCUUCUUGAGAUUGCGUACCAUGGGCACCCGCAAAGGCAUCACUUGCACCGAUGGCCAGUUGUGGUAUGAACAUCGUAAUUUUGCCAUGAAACAAAUGCGUCAUGUUGGCUAUGGACGCACUCAAAUGGAGCAGCACAUUGAAAAGGAAACCGAUAGUUUAUUGCAGUUCAUAGAAGAGUUUAAGGGACAAGCUGUAAGGCCGGGUUCAUUUUUGGCCCAGAGUGUUAUUAAUGUGUUGUGGUCGAUGACGGCCGGUAAACGUUUCAAACGAGAUGACAAACGUUUGGUUAAACUUUUGGAUUUAAUGAAUCGCAGAUCAAAAGUUUUCGAUAUGUCGGGUGGGGUUUUAACACAGUUUCCAUUUUUAAGAUUUGUGGCUCCCGACAAAACUGGCUACAAUUUGAUACGUCAAUUGAACAAUGAGUUGUUUCAAUUCUUUAUGGAAACCAUAGAUGAACACAAGACCACAUUGACAAAAGAAAAUGCCGAUAAUGAUUUUAUUUAUGCCUAUAUUAAUGAAAUGCAACAGGAAACUAAUAAGGACACAGAGAAUUCCACCUUUAAUGAAAUACAACUUACCAUGACCAUAUUAGAUUUCUUUAUAGCUGGCUCUCAGACCACCAGCACCACCACAGACUUGGCUUUAAUGACUUUGGCCAUGCGUCCUGACAUACAAAAACUGGUUUACGAUGAAAUAUUGGCCAAUAUCAAGAAUACCGAAUUUCCCCAUUUAAGCUCUAAAGCAUUUUAUCCCUAUAUGGAUGCUUUCAUCAUGGAGGUGCAAAGAUUUUAUCACAUAGUACCCAUAACAGGACCCAGAAGAGCUUUAUGGGAUACCAAGUUGGAUGGCUAUGAUAUACCCAAAAAUACCACCAUACUUAUAGGCCUAUACUCGGUCUUAAUGGACGCGGACCACUGGCAAGAUCCACACAACUUUAGACCCGAACGUUUCAUAGAUGAUGAGGGUAAAACAUUUAAAGAUGAAUAUUUUAUGCCUUUUGGCCAGGGCCGCAGACGCUGCUUGGGUGAUGCCAUGGCUAGAGCCUGUCUAUUUUCGGUGCUGGUUAAAAUUUGCCAAACUUUCGAAUUGGUUUUAAGCGACAAGGAGGAGGAUAAGCCCUCAUUGAAUCUUUUACCGGGCAUAACAUUAUCUCCUAAGCCUUAUAAAAUUAAAUUUAUUAAAAGACAAUUGUAGAAGGAUUUGUUUUUUCAUUUGAUAUUGCAGCAUUUGAGGCAUUCAUUUAAGAGAUAUGAAGAUUUCAUCUAAUUAAUUUAAGUUUAAAUUUAAAUAAUCUAACGAAUUUAAUAAAGUAUUAGUUAAACAAAAUA